GGCACUGACUGGCAUCACUGCUGGGCACUGACUGGCGGCACGGACUGGCACAACCGCUGGGCACUGACUGGUGGCACUGACUGGCAGCACUGCUGGGCUGCACUGGUGGGUGGCACUGGUGGGUGGGCACAGGUGGGUGGCACUUCUGGGCACAGGUGUGUGACACUGCAGAGUGGCACAGGUGGGUGCACUGCUGGGCACAGGUGGGUGCAUUGCUGGGCACAGGUGGGUGAUCUGCUGGGCACAGGUGGGCGGAACUUGUGGUGGCACUGCUGGGCACCGAUCAUCAGGGCACUGAUCAUCAGUGCCCUGAUGAUCGGUGCCAAUCCCCGCUCUGACAACUGCCGGUUCUCGGCAGUACUUUCCUCACGAUCUGACAGCGUGAGGAAAGUGCAGCCGAGAACCGGCACUUGC